UACAUAUUUCUCAAGGUUGGUUGCCGGAUGGAAGGGACUGCAAUCCGGUUAUUGUUUUGUUAUUCCUGAAGCUUAAAGUUUUUAAUCCGUUUCAUGUUUCCUAAUUUACUAAUGUUGUUAACAAAUUUCAGCUGUUUAGAAAAGUGUGAAUUCCGGAAAACAUGCCAACUUUUACGAUUAGUACAAACAUACCGCAGGAUCGUAUUUCGAUUGAUUUCCUAAAGAAGGCAUCAAGUACGGUUGCAAAAGCACUUGGAAAACCGGAAAGUUAUGUAUCAGUUCAUGCAACCGGUGGACAGGCUAUGGUAUUUGGAGGAAGUGCGGAUCCAUGUGCUUUGUGUGUUUUGAAAUCAAUCGGUUGUGUUGGUCCUAGCGUCAAUAAUUCACACGCUGAUAAACUGUACAAAUUGCUCGCUGAUGAGCUGAAAAUUCCAAAAAAUCGAUGCUAUAUCGAGUUCGUGGAUAUCGUUGCGUCUUCAAUGGCUUUUAAUGGAUCUACUUUCGGAUAAUUGCAUUUUGCAAAAGAAAAUUAUCAUUUUUGGAUGUUGUGGAGCUUCAAUGAAAAUUUAAAUUUUCAGUUACAGACCUUUUUAAUCAGCAGUAUCUUUAUUUCUCAUAUUUCUUUAAUUUUUGACUUGUUGCCUGGAAAUUUUUAGCUAAAAUGGUUAUCUGUU